UGCAAAAGUGCAAGAAGAUGUGCGACGUAAAACGCACCCAAAAAAAAAACGCGGGCCACGUGACCGCCUCUCUUUGUUUUCAAACAACGCGAUGACCACGUGAUUUUAAUAAGUACGCCUAAACCGAAAAUAGCCGCAACACAACACGCCGCCGUUGAGGUCAGGUUCGGUCCAUGGACUACGGUUCGAUCCCUAUCGCCUCCAGGUGUAUUUUUUGGUUUCGAAUCAAAUUUCCGAGGAGGUUUGCGAAAUAGCUUCCCAAAAGAUUACUUGUAGGACAGCAAACGGGAUACAAGGACAGGAAGGAGUAAAAUACAGCAGGUAGCAAAGAGCAGGUGGGGGCAGACAAGGAUAGGAUAAUGCAGGUGAGAAUAGGAGAUAAGAGGGACCAUUGAAAGAGUACUCGAAGAAAAGCAGAGGAUCACAGUUCGCGACCGGUCCUUCCGUUCAAUAACUGAAACCAACCUUUCAGAGGCUACAAAACCUAUCGGUUCCCUCUAGGGAGCACGUGCAACAGCCCUACUCGUUAGGGCCGCUUUCCUCCCCCACGCCAUUAAUUCUUCCGGCCCACCUCCAACACGUAGAAUGUGUCGCCGCCACCGACCGCAUUCACAAUGAAAAAUCGGAAUCCACUUGCAGCCACCAAUCAACACCGAUCGCGUACUCCACUCCUGUGACGACGACCCGUAACGCACCAGGGAUGUUUUUUUAUUGGCUGAUUGAUUCAGAGCAGAGAGGCGAUAAAUAUAGUACCAUGAGGGGAAGGAAGAGGGGACUUACAAUGGUGCCGAAUAAGCCAUGGCGGCAAAUUGCAGGAACUAAAGCCCGAGACCAACGCCAUUAAAUAUCCGACCCAAAGAACUACGAGGGCGAGUGCCGGACCAGUUCUCAUACAUUUCAAAAUGAAAUUUUGGUUUGUUUUUGUAUUCUCUUACGUGCUAAGUGUUGAAUGCAUUCUCGCAUCCAAUUCAAACUGGGUGCAAGUGAACGUGUCCCGAUGGAGUUCUCCCGGUGAUACCGUCGAACUGACCUGCGAUUACGAUUUCGGGAACGACCCGUUGUACUCGAUCAAAUGGUACAAGGAUAGCUCGGAGUUCUACAGAUUUGUUCCGGGUGAACGUCCCCCGGGGAAAGUCUUUCGUACCGAUGGGAUUAGGGUUAAUAUGACCAUGUCUGAUGACAAAACCGUGGUUUUGGAAUCGAUCAGUUUGAAAACGAGCGGGCUGUUUACAUGUGAAGUGUGCGCGGACGCGCCAUCAUUUUACGCCGAUCAUAGUCAAGCACGAAUGGACGUUUGUGACAAUGAUUGUAAGGAACAUGGAAAUGAAUAACAGAAACAGACCGAGUUAUACACUUUUGCGAUAUGUACAUUAAAUAAAUUCUCUUGUUCGAUGGA